CGCUGCCGAGGUAGUCUUGACUCUAGGCUAGACUACCGUACACUGACACCGGGACCUCAAAAUGCAAAACCAGCCCCCGGAGGAAGAAGAUGGACCUCUUCCACUGUCGUCUUUGCUCCUUUUUGUUCCUCCACUGCGUCUGGCGUCUGCAGCUCUGUGGCAAGUUGUUCAGCGGAGAGACAUAAUGGACUAUGGCUUGGUGGAGGAGUUUGUCACCACUGUGUUGGAGGUAGUUCCUGAUCUGAUGAGUUAUAAGAGAGCGAGUCCAACUCAUCAUGGGGCUGCGGGCACAGCUGGUUCUGGAGUUGUGUCGUAAAGAUCAGCUAGUCGACCCCGAGACCAUCCAGCCACACCUGAACAGGAUGAGGACCUGUAUCAUCACUCUUAGUAAAAAUGAGACUCCUGAUCCAGAGGUGGAGGCAUCAAAAUCCAACUUCCCGAGGCUGAUUCAAAGCCUGCUGGAAGACCCAGUUAAGAGGGAACACUUUUUCCAGAAUGUUUUUCUAGAGGAAUUUGGACCCAAGUAUGACUCCACACUGCAGAGUCUGGUGUGGGACUUCCUUUCUAGGCUGGAGAAGCUGCUUCCGACACCAACCCUUCAUCAGACUGCAGCAUGGUUCCUACCAGACCACUCUGUUCUAGAGGAGUGCAUGCAGUCAGUGUGUCACCCUGAGCCAUUGAAGACCCUUCUCCAGUACCACAAGCCAUAUAGACAUCUGGACAACAAUGCUCUAUCUUCGGGUGACAACCACAGCUCGCUGUCACUCUCGCUCCUAGAAACAGUUGAGAUCUUUGAAACAGAGAUCAAAUCAGAUCCUAUGCAGGGGUUUAGGAACAUUCUAAGCUCUGCCUCAUCUGUCAACGAGUCAGAAAUGAACAGACAUUUUCACCAACCUCAAACUGACAGUAGGCUGAAAAUCCAAAGAAACCCUCACAGCAGCCAACCAGAAGUACACGAGAGUUCUAGUUUGUCUACUUCCUGUCUGUUCCUUCAACCCACAGUGCUGCUGCACAGACUUGACCUUGCUGAUAUGCCGUUACCUGUGUCCUCUCCAACAUUGAGUCCAACAUUGAGGAUAAAGAGUGUACCGCAGUAUUCUUUGACGCCUGACCCAUCCUAUACAAUGGGGAAAUCUAACAGAAGCAAGCGUGUCAAAAUGUGCUCCUUAUGUGGGAAGACUUUUAUUGAAGCAGAAGAUUUGAUGGCACACAUGAGAUCUCACACUGAGCAGAGUCCUUACCAGUCUUUUGAAGAGCUUAACAUGUCUACAUCUUUUGAGGAUGGGAUAGAGAUAUCUCAGCCCCAUGGCACUUCACCCCUGAGCCCAACAACUUCCAAAGUUUGUCCCACUCCAAGACAGUCCUCCAAGUCCACACAGUCCUCCAAAUCCAGAACAUGUCACGUGUGUCACAAGACUUUCUAUACUGUAUAUUCAAUGAGAAAGCACAUGAUUUUCAAACAUGAUCAGCUCAUUUACCAGUGCCUUGACUGUGGAGAACAAUUCGAGAGAAAGUUUCAUUUGAGGGAACAUAAGGCAGAGUGUCAUCCCACUCUGUCAUCCAAAGCCAGAACAUGCCAUUUGUGUAACAAGACUUUCGGCAGCCCAUAUUUAAUGAAAAAACACCUAAAAUCCCAACAUGAUCAGCUCCCUUACCAGUGCCGCGAUUGUGGAGAACAUUUUAAGAGGAAAUGUAAUUUGAAGGAACAUAAGAAAAACUGCCCCACAAUGUUUUCCUGCCUCAGCUGUGGAGAAGAGUUUGAGGAAAGGUGUCAUUUGAAGGAGCAUAAAAAAGAGUGCUUGGCAGUGAGAAAGCUCUUCUCUUGCUCUCUGUGCAAGAAGACCUUCAUUGGAGCAAGGGGGUUGACCGCACACAUGAGAUCUCACGAGAAAAGGUCUAAUUUGAAAGAACCUAAAGUGUGCUUAGCUGCAAAGAGGCGCCACUUCUGCUCGAUGUGUAAUAAAACAUUCAUUAAAGGACACGAUUUCAAAGCACACUGGAGAUCAUGCACUUACCAGUGUACCCAGUGUUUGCAAAGCUUUGAACAUCAAGAGAACAUACAGAAACAUCUGCAGUAUGCUCGUGAGGAGGCAGCUCAACUGGAAGAGGUUAACACGUUUACACCAUCUUUUGAGAAGGAGAUUGAGACAUCCCAGCCCCUCAACACUUCCAAUGUUCGUCGCAAUCAAAGAUACUCUUUCAGAGCCAGAACAUGCCGUCUGUGUCACAAGACUUUCAACAGUAUAGCUUUAAUGCGAACGCACCUGAAUUCCAAACAUGCUCAGCUCCCUCACCAGUGCCUCUGCUGUGGAGAGAAUUUCAAGAGGAAGAUUAAUUUCAAAGCACAUAGGAAAGAGCGCCAUCCCACUCCAAGUCUCCAACUCAAGGAGUCUGUCAAAGCCAGAACAUGCCGCUUGUGUCACAAUACUUUUGACAGUACAUUUUGUAUGAGAAAGCACCUCAAAUCCCAACAUGGCCAGCUCCCUUACCAGUGCCUGGGCUGUGGAGGAAAUUUCAUAAAGAACUCUCAUUUGAGGAGGCAUAAAAAAGAGUGCUUUCAGAGACCACAGCAAGACUUGAGGGAGUCAAAUGAGGGAGUCAAUCCAAACCAGCACCAACGGGAUGUUGAUCCAGCAGAUAGCAGCAGCUCUCUGGCAACAAGGGAGAGUGAGACAGAGAUUCCGCAGUCCCACAGCUCUCUCCACAGCUCUCAACCGCACCAGCAUAUGGUCUCACAAGGGGUCUGAGGAUCUCAUCUCGGUACCUAAUGGCAGUCAGGCUACCUCUGGCGAGCACAUGGAGGGCUGUGCGGCCCCCCAAAGAAAUACCACACCAUGACUGACCCACCGCCAAACCAGUCAUGCUGGAGGAUGUUGCAGGCAGCAGAACGUUCUCCACGGCGUCUCCAGACUCUGUCACGUCUGUCACGUGCUCAAUGUGAUCCUGCUUUCAUCUGUGAAGAGCACAGGGCGCCAGUGGCAAAUUUGCCAAUCUUGGUGUUCUCUGGCAAAUGCCAAACGUCCUGCACGGUGUUGGGCUGUAAAGCACAACCCCCACCUGUGGACGUCGGGCCCUCAUACCACCCUCAUGGAGUCUGUUUCUGACCGUUUGAGCAGACACAUGCACAUUUGUGGCCUGCUGGAGGUCAUUUUGCAGGGCUCUGGCAGUGCUCCUCCUGCUCCUCCUUGCACAAAGGCGGAGGUAGCGGUCCUGCUGCUGAGUUGUUGCCCUCCUACGGCCUCCUCCACGUCUCCUGAUGUACUGGCCUGUCUCCUGGUAGCGCCUCCAUGCUCUGGACACUACGUUGACAGACACAGCAAACCUUCUUGCCACAGCUCGCAUUGAUGUGCCAUCCUGGCUGAGCUGCACCACCUGAGACACUUGUGUGGGUUGUAGACUCCGUCUCAUGCUACCACUAGAGUGAAAGCACCACCAGCAUUCAAAAGUGACCAAAACAUCAGCCAGGAAGCAUAGGAACUGAGAAGUGGUCUGUGGUCACCAGCUGCAGAACCACUCCUUUAUUGGGGGUGUCUUGCUAAAUGCCUGAAAUUUUCACCUGUUGUCUUCCAUUUGCACAACAGCAUGUGAAAUGUAUUGUCAAUGAGUGUUGUUUCCUAAGUGGACAGUUUGAUUUCACAGAAGUGUGAUUGACUUGGAGUUACAUUGUGUAGUUUAAGUGUUCCCUUUUUUUUUGAGCAGUGUAGUUUAGCCUUCAGCAACCCAUUGUGAAUAUAAUUUACAAACUGCAAUAUGUGCCGAAGAUUAAUUGAAAUAAACCCAUUAUUUUGUACACAAUGGUCAAUUUGGUUAUCCUUCCAUGUUAUAUAUUUUGUAUGUGUACAAAUUUAAAGAUUUUCCACAUAAA